UAUUCAGUUCGCCUUCUGCGGUCAUGCGAAUGAGUUGAGCGCUCAUAUUGGAUAUAAUUGGAGUUAACGGAUAGUUCACACAGAUGGAUGCGUGCACGAGCGUUCUGUCAUGGAGUACCAGAACGUAAAUAAAUUGAAAAGUCCUUGCACCAAGAAUGUGCCGGGUCGCAUAUUCAGAAAAUGGGAACGGAUAAUGUUGCGUAGUUGUUGAUUUUUUCUAGUGUCGCCGUCGGUAGUGACUUUUCGACGAGGUCUGCUGUGUAGGUAUUGCGAUUGUGACAGAAGGUGGACACGACUCACCUCUGUAGCCACGUCUUUCUGAAUAUUUCUCCUCAAUUUCGCGUUGAUGUUGAUUAUGUGCAUUGCAUUUAUAGAAUCGCGUGACAACGGAAGGAAUCGUCCUGGUGGAAAUAUAAGUUGCAGUAGGUUAGUUUUUGAGGUUAUGACAGUGCUCUUGGAUCUUUAAUUUUUAAAACCCGUUCUACUGGUGGAACAUGUGAUUGUCAAAAUUGUUAACAGUGUGUCGAAAUAGUUUCUUGUGAUUAAAAUUGAAAUAAAAGGAUGUUUUAAGAAAUAUUGCCACAGUGGGAAGUGAAGGCUGAAAGUGUGUUUAUAAACACGUGCGGAGUGGUGAUAUAAAGUUUGUUUUUGGUUCUGGGAACGGCGGGAGUUGCUUCAAAGAAGGAUCAAAGAGUUGGGAACGCAAUGACAAUCGAGAUUCGCGGGGGUUCGACAUAUCCAGCGACGGCACCGGAGUUGAGAGCCUCUUGUUGGAGGUAAAUAAAACGGAAAAGGAAAAAUCGAGUCUUCCUCCGGACAGAUUAGAGAAAAUAAGCGAAAUGGACUGAGGCGAAGGAGCCGAUCAAAAUAUCAGGCAAACUCGAGAGAAACCCUCGUAUCGAGGUUACCUCGUACUUCAAGGUCGAAGUACCGUAAACGUCUCACGUGCCAGUUGGAAAUAAACAACGACGAGGACGAGGAACCCUUUCGUGCCUGGAUUUUCUCGCGAUAUCGGCGAAGACGCAGGAAUUCGCUAAAGAAAUCGGAGUCGCCUGGUGACGACCGAUCGGCCAGUAAGCGAUGCUGUCGGUUCGCUAAGGGCCUCUUGUUUAUUUAUUUUUUUAUUUUGUUGCGUUGCGUUUUUUGUUGACCUCGCGGAGAUGUCAGGAGGUUCCGCGUGCAGUGCUCGGGGCACUGGCGCCGAGUGCAGGAAGUUCGCGCCAAACAUAUUCAACAAGAGCAAGUGCAGCAGCUGCUUCAAGCAGAAAGAGGAGCACAGUGCCGAGGCUCUGGAAUGCAACAGGGUUUUCUUACAGUUAAAAAAAAUGGAUCUAGAAAAAAUCAACUCUGUUGGGCGUUUUGAAGGAUACCUACCGACGAAGGUGCUCGCGGAAUUGAUGAAAGAUGGGCUGUACUACGUUACAAAAAUGAAAAAAGUCCAAACAAAAUAUGGACCUAGGAUCAUAGUCGAAAUUGAUGCUGAUUUCGUCACAUAUCUACCAACGAGAUUCAUCAAGCUCUUUGAGGAUGAACCCACCACAUUGGACAUGAUGAAAGAAGCUGCGGUAUCGAAGAAACUUCAAAUGAAGUAUCUUGGAGGACCGUAUAAUGUUGUCGAAUUUAAAGUGUUACAAUAAAUUGUAAAAAGAAAAUGUAUAUAUAUAU